AUGAGGGCCGCAGAGUCGCCUGAGCCACUGCGAGCUCCUGCUCACGGCCAGGAAUCGCCGUUCAAGCCACCAGACCCGGCACAUGUCGCCGUGCGCGCCGCAGACUCGGUCGCUGAACCUCGCCCGGACGGACUGCGCUCGCACCCCGGUGACGGCGACGGGCGGGGCGGGAACGAGAGUGGUCAGGCUGGACAACUCGGACUAGAGAUUGCAGGGUCGCCCAAGGGCAUACGAGUGGCAGCGGGCCACGAGCUGGCGCCUUUGGCACGCGAGGCGGACGACGACGAGGGCGAGGAACCGCUCUUCAUGGUGCAGAAGCGGACGCGCUCGCUUGCAGGGUCGACGACGAGCUCGCCAGCACGCUCGGAUGCCAACACGCCCACCAAGCGCGAGGCGAAGCCGCGACCGGCCUCGUCCUACAUUCCGGCGUCGUCCUGGACAACCUCGCUCUCCCGCCUCGCCUCUUCGAACCGCGGAUCGACGUCAUCGUUGGCAUCGUCGUCGUCGCCUUCGAAGCGGCAGUCCAAGAGCGCGGCCGAAGCGGCAGACGAUCGCUCACCCCGGUCAAGAUCCGCCUCGAACGACGAAGUCGACAGUGCCGCUUCGUCCGCCAACCCUUCGCCGAGCGUCAGUCGCCGCAGCAGCACCGCGAGCACACGGCGCGCGCGGCCCUCGCCGACCCCUUCGUUCCGACACUCGUUGAGGCUCCCGUUCCUCCUUCCUUCCAUCCCGGCUUCCCCACUCCCGCCCAUCCUCUCGCCCGGGCUCACACGCUCUUCUUCCUCUCCGCCCGUCCUGCCCGCCAUCGUCAGCGCAGGACCCAUCUCGCCCUCCUGGACGAUCGAUCCGCCCACCGCUGACCUCGACACAGACCCAUCCAAGCUGCCUUCCGCGCCGACGACGACCUCCUCUGCCCUUCCUCGCCCUCCUACACACCCUCCUCCAGCCCUUUCUUCAUUUUACUCCCGCGCAGCGACAUCAGCUUCAGCGCCGGAUCUCUCGCUUUACGCCUCGGUUCCGCCAAGCGACUCCUCCACUUCCUACUUCCCCACCUCGACCGCCUCUUCUCCCCCCGCAUCGACCUGCUCGCCUCUACCACUCGUAUCAGCAGCAACUACGACUCUCGACGAACCGCUCUCGCACGACCCGGAGCUGCUCGUUGCGGAUGCCGAGGCAGUGAGGAUCGAAGAGCGGGAGAAAGUUGAGCGAAGGCAGGCGGACGAGAAGCGCUACCAUGCGCUUGUUGAGCUCGUCGAGACCGAGCGAGGCUACCUUGAGCACCUGCGCGUGCUCGUCAAGGUCUAUUUCCAGACCCUCCCGUUCCUCACCAUCCUCACGGUCCAAGAAGUGCACGCCAUCAUCCGCAAUGCGGAACAGUUGCUGGAGCUGCAUGAGCGGAUUGGGGAGAGGAUUGAGAGGGUUGAGGAGGAGCUGGGGUGGAUGGCGGAGGGAGAGGACGAGGGAGAGAGGGCGAAGAGGGCCAGGAAGGCAGCGGGGCGGGUCGCGAGCAUCUUCAACGAGGAGACGCCCAACUUUGCCCUUUACAACGACUUCUGCGCCAGACACGCCGAGGCGCUCGACAUAACCCGCUCCAUCGCGUCCCGGCAGGAGUGGGAGGCUUUCGAGCGCCAAUGCGCUGCCCGAGUGACGGUUGAAGCGGUUCGUCGGAAAGGCGACCGGAAGCCGCUCGCUGCCACGUCGAGGCAGAACUCGAUGUCGUCCUUCUUCGGCGCCGCUCAUCUCCCGCCCGUCUCUGCGCCGCCAUCGUCGACCUCCCCUCUCCCUUUCACCGCCACCCCGCUCUCGACGCCGAGUCACUCCUCCGGCACAGUCCCGACUCAAGCCUCUCUCGCCGCCUCUUCCGUCCCGUCGUCCGCCGCCGCAUCAGCCACCGGCACCCGCUCGAAACUCCGCUUCGUCGACUACGCCAUCUCGCCCGUCCAGCGCGUCACGCGCUACCCCCUUGUAUUCGGCCAACUCGCCAAGUACUUCGCCGACACUCCCGAAGGCGAGGCGGUCCGACAAGCGUGGGAGGGAUUCAAGGGUAUCGCGAAGGGCGUUGAUGCGGCGAAGAGGGCGAGGGAGGGAGAGAUGCGCACUCGCAUCGUCGCGAGGAGGAUGGAGUUCAGCACGCCACUUGUCGGCGGGACCUUCUGCGACGUUCUUGGCCCGACUCUGCUCGUCGGCGCUAUGCACGUCGUCCAUUCUGGACCGGCAUCGACGAUGGGCUCGCAGACUGGACCGGCAGGCGGAGUUGGCGGACCGGGAGCGGCGGGACAGGCCGCGGAGGGAGUCAGGGUCAAGUAUCUCGGCUGCUUCCUCUACAGGUCGCACCUCGUUAUGGCCAAGAUCAAGAAGCGUGCGACGUACGAGCCGCGGGAAUGGUUACCGUUGCGGCUCUUUACGAUCCAGAACAUGGAGGACGGUCAGGGCCCGCUCAACCACAGCAUCCGCCUCACCUUCCGUGAUCACCACUUCGAUUUAGGUGCGCUGUGCGCCGGCGAAAAGGCGGUUUGGCUUUCGCACCUCCUCGCGGCGCAAGAAGAGACGCGACGGCUCUGGGACACGCAAGAGCUGGACGAGCACGGACAGCCGACCUUGUUCGACGAUUCUGUCGUCUCGAGCGUGCCGAUCUCGGCCACCGCCGUUGUGGAGGCAUCGAAGCGCAAGGCUCACUCGCGCUCCGCCAGCACGAUCUCGGUCGCGUCGGUCUUUGCGUCGGCCGCAUCGUCGUCGGCUUCGACGCCUGCCGUCGUCCACGGACCCUUGCCGGCCCUUCCGACCGAGUUCGCCGCGAUUGCAGCAGCAACCAGCGCAGCCGCUACAGCCUCGAUACCGCCCGUUCUGUCGACCGUAACACCUCUUAUUCCCACUUCGCCGCCUACCGCCGCCCUCGCGCUCAUGACGACUCCGCAGUUCUAUUCGCCGUCUCGCUUCUCGUCGACCGCUUCCUCCCUCCUCCUCGGCCGCACUCCCUCCUCCCAGCGCGCCGCGGUCGACCUCCGCCUUGCCGACGUCUUCUCCGAAGAGCUUCUCUCUGCUCGCGCUCAAGCCGCGCGAGACGCCGAACUCGAAUCUUCGGCCGCCGCCCUCACUGGCAAACGCCUCCGCACCAUCUCGGGUCCGAAGCGCAGCAUGACGGCUCUCACACCCGUCCUCUCGCAGUCACCGCCCAUGCCGUCGACCAGCACGCUCCCGAAGAUGCUCUCGGCGACAGGCGGACGUGAUGCUCGGCGCCGCAUGAGCGCAUUCGAGCUCAGCCCAAGCGCGAGCGACCGUGCCGAGUUCCGCGGCGCAAUCGGGUUCGAUGCGGCGCAGGCGGCGCCGUAUCAGCAAGAGUCGCCUGGCGGAGCACUGGGACUUGCAAACGUCUCGGCGGCUCCGGCUGUUCUGCACGAGAAGGAGCGCGGCAGGUGGGCGAACGCGAUGCGCAAGGCUCACCGCAGUGGAGGAGGCGGGAGUCGUUCGAGGCCGCCUCUGCCGUCGAUCGACACCGCGUUGGCGGAGGCUACGUCGCGCAAGAGGGACAGCAGCGCGGGGCCGCUUUCGGCCGGAGGUAGCUGGACGAGGCGAAGCGGACUCGGGAAAAAUAGGGACGCGGGAGGAUUGGGAGGGCAGCUGAGGCGAGUUGCGUCGCAACCGUCGAUUGAAGCCAGCAGCAGCAAGGUCCCGCUCGGCUCGGUGCCGACCAUGCUCGUCCAACCCGACACCCCUCUCCUGCCCGAGACGCCGACUCCGGCCAGCGCGUCGACUGCGCCUCAGCGGACUGCCUCGCCCGCCGCCGAUGUCGAGCGCAAUAACUCGGUCUCGUCGAACGCGUCGAGCGGCACGGGCACGCAGUCGUCGUCUUCGCACACGCACAGCUCUCACCUCAUCGAGACGCCUCCGUCGUCGAUACCGCCUUCGCCCGAUUUCGCCAACAUCGAGCUCCUCGAUCCGCUUGCGGCAGCUGCCGCAGUCGGCAAGCACGCCGCCUUCCCGUCUCCCGCGCUUCAUGCUCACGGCUUCCCCUUCCCGUCAUCACCGCGAUGGGCGAACGUCAGUGAUGGCGUGUCGAACGUUUUCCGCCUUCGCCGACGCAAGAGCACCCUCGGCCUCGUUCCUCCGGCCGUUCCCUCUCCUUCGACGUCCGACGAAAGCCUCACGGCGCGCAGUCCGACCCUCGCCCCAACCGUUGUCCAGACACCGAGCUCGGCGGUCAAGCUCCAACGGCGCGCUUCGACUACCCUCUCCGGCCUUUUCUCAGCCAAGAAGCGAGCCCAGUCUUCGCCCACUCUCGCCGGACCGAACGGCUACUUCAACUCGCCGAACAAUUCGAGCCCGACCUUGCCAUUGAGCGGCACGUCGAGCGAGAACUCGAGUCCUGCCAACUCGGCUGCCAGCACACCGGACCAGGCGCCUACAACGCCGGAGGCUGGCGCAGCGCUCGAGCUGGCGGCUGAGCCUUCUCAAAGCGGCGCGACGUCGUCGAGCGUGUCGUCCGUCUCGUCGUCGUCGGUUAGCAAGGCAAAGGAGCAGGGGGCGAAUACGAGCGGGAAGGAGAAGAAGGCGAAGUCGGGCUCGUCGCUCUUCCGCAACCGCUCGAGAUUCCUCUUCGCGACGCAGCACGGCAUGACGCCCCUCUCAUGA